AUGGCUUUCUUGGCUCCUACCGUCACCGUGGAUCUCACUUUCCUCCUCAAGGCUCCCGACUCGGAUGAGUCUUCCCCUUCUCCUCCCGAGUACAACGAGUACAAUCGAUUAUCAGUGCGGGCUUCGUCUAUCGCAACCACGGCGACCAUAACUUCGGUGCCUGUCGGCGGGUUACCCUUCUAUUACAAUUCAGAACCACAAGGGCCAGGACUAGUCCCAACAGGGAGUUCGUCUAAAAAGCGCAGCAUGUCACCGCACGCUUCGGAGUCCCCUGCCAGGAGACAAAGUAAAUGGUCUACUGAAGAAGACGCCUUAAUCAUUGAACUCCGGGGAAGUGGGCUCAAGUGGGAUGAUAUCUCCAAGAAGCUACCGGGAAGAAGCGCCAUCAGCUGCCGGUUACACUAUCAGAACUACCUCGAAAAACGGAGCGAGUGGGAUGAAGAGCGUAAGAAUAAGCUAGCAAGACUUUAUGAAAGGUUCAAGUCCGAGAUGUGGGCUAAAGUUGCAGAGGAGAUGUCGAUGCCGUGGCGGGCAGCAGAGGCAAUGCACUGGCAACUCGGAGAACAGGACAUGCGACGUCGUGCAGGAGUGACGGUGCCUUUUUCCCUCGCAACGUCGACUUCAGAAGGACCCCGCGGUGGCUCUAGGGCACAUUCACGACACAACCAUUCACAUUCUCAAGGUAAUCUUUCUCGCGAUGCGGGACCUGGACGAGGCUACGGCCGUGCGGGGACGGCGCCACCAGGUCGGCCUCUCGUAUCGAGGAGAGAAAGCGUACCGCCUCGCGUUCCUAUUUAUCCUGAACAGCCACCCGACAACUUUGUAUAUCCGCAUCAUGGAGUGCCACUAGCCCCGAUACAAACGCAAAACCAGCCCCCGCGGCCAGCUAUGUUACCCGGAGUCGCUGAGCUUACGACGGGAAUCAGUCCUUAUAGUACACCGGCAUACUCUCUUCCCCCUCCGAACACAAGUCCUGCCCUUAGCACCGCGUCAAGUCCAAACGGAUUGUAUAUGACGCCUCUAGGCUAUCCGCCCCUAGAGUCAACCGGUCCGAAACGUCGUAGGGGUUCGGAGGUCAACAGCCUCUCUCCCGACUUAAAUAGGCGAAGGCACCACCACCACCACUUAGACCAGCGCCCGGAACCCUACGACAUUACAAAUAUCCCACGGCACGAACGUGGGCACUAG